GUAACUGCACAAUAUUCUAAAAAUAAUACAGAAAAGCCAGUGAUGCUAUCAAUAGCCUAAUUGAUUCUAUCCCGGCAAAUGUCGACGUGGCAGAUAUUCUCCGACACCGGAAAUAAUUUUCGGUGGGAGAUUUCCGGCCAAAUCCUCCCUAGCAAACCUGCAGAUGGACCCAACGGCGCUCCGAUUCAACCUCGUAAUUCCGCUCAUCGUCUUCCUUCCAUGACCGAUCUACUACUUCAAGGUCUCUCUCUCAUUAAACACGGUGUAUGUAGAUGCAAAUCUAUACUUUUAUUUUUAUGCUUUACUUGUUUUGUAGAGUGUUCGAAACUUCUAGAGAGCGGCGAAGAAGAAGAUGUUGGGCAUGCGCCGAUGUUCCGAACAGGAUUAGGGAAGUCGGUUGUAUUGAAACAGUCUUCGAUUGCUAAAGCCCUGUCUGUGCUUGGCAAUGGUGAUGGUGCCAUCGGCUCAGGUGAAAAACAGGAUUCUGAUAAUGUAUGUGGAUUCACCAACUCCCUCUUCUCUACUGGGUCUGGGAAAUCGGUUAAUAUAUCUUCAGCUGGUUUGGUCAGAGCCAAGACAUUAUUAGGCUUGGAAAACAAUAAUGUCUCCAAUUUUCAAGGCUUUCAACAUCCAAGGAAAUCACCUAAAGUAAAUGAACAAAAUGAGUGGCAGGAUUUAUCAUAUUUGAGGAUGAAAGAGGAUAUGGACAAUAGUGGAAUGCAGUCAGUUUCGACACCAUCUUUAAUUGGAAGCAAGCUAUCAAAUGCAGUGACUCCAAACUUGUUGCAAUCUGAACUACAUAAUUCCACGCCGAAACCACCUCCAAUCAAAUUCCACACUGCAGGUGGAAGAUCCUUAUCUGUUUCCAGUGAUGCAUUGGAACGUGCAAAGAGUCUUCUUGGUGACCCGGACUUGGGAACUUUCUUAAAUGAGGAUGAUGCAGUUGAUCCAGCUCAUACAGUUUCCAAAGUAUGUAGACUCAGUGAUGCUUCAGUUAUGAGGGAAGCAAAUUUUCACUCUGCUUUUACUUAUCCAUGUGCUGCAAAGAGCAAGCAUAUUGGAAAAAGCUUCGUAUCUCCUCUCAAAUCAUCUUCAAACCAAGUUCUGUCAUCCUUCAAUUCAGAAAAUAUUAUUUCAGGAAUUAGCUUGAUCAAGAAAUUUGAUGCAGUGGAUGAUGAAAAGUUUGGUGGGUUGAAUAAUACUAUAUCUUCCAUCCAGAAGCCAUUAAGCAAUGGGUCUAGUGGGUUGGAUAUGUUAGAUGAUAAUUCCUCAGCAAUUGGUAAUGGACUGAGGAUUAACACCCUUGCAAGAUCAUCUCGUGGGCCAUUGGUUGACAUUUCAAAUACCCUGGGCACCUCUUGCACAAAUCACAGACGUGUGAAUAAUGAAAAAAGGAAACUUGGAAGGGGAACUUCUAUUUCUCAAUUCAAGAGGCCCCGCAGUUCCAAAUUCAUCAUUCCUUUGAACAAGAAUGUUUCAUACGUUCUCAAUGGUUUAUCUACUUCAUCAUCUGAAAAUUCCUGCUGCAGAAGAACAGUUUCUACUAGAUAUCCUUUUCGGACUCCAAGAAUGUAUAUCAAGGAAUACUUUGAAGUGCCUUCCUCAGAUAAAAACAUGCUGGAGCACUUCACGGACCAAGUAGGGUGGAUCAAACCAGAGGCUGCAGAGAAGUACAAAUUCUGUGAUGAAUCUGGUGUGAACUGCAUUGGAGCGGAAGCUUUAUACCAUAUGUUGGUUCAAUCAGGAGCUUCGAUACAAUGUGUUUCCAAAGAGUGGACUAUGAAUCACUACAAGUGGAUUAUUUGGAAACUUGCUUGUUAUGAGAGAUGUUAUCCCUGGAAAUCUGCCACAAGGUUUUUGACAGUCUCCAAUGUGCAUGAGGAACUGAAAUAUAGAUAUGAAAGAGAAGUGAAUCAUGGACACCGUUCUGCAAUUAAGAGAAUUCUGGAAGGAGAUUCACCGCCUUCUUCUAUGAUGGUUCUAUGCAUUUCAGCUAUCUGCAUCAGUUGUAAACCAAAAAUAGAGAACCUGGCAUUAAAUGGGGAUGAAUGUAGUAAUGCUGCAAGAAUGGAACUAACAGAUGGAUGGUAUUCAAUAGAUGCUCUUCUGGAUAUACCACUGUCAAAGCAACUUUCCGCUGGAAAACUUUUUGUGGGGCAAAAAAUUCGAAUAUGGGGAGCAAGAUUGUGUGGCUGGGCUGGCCCUGUUUCACCCCUUGAGAUUCUUGCAUCAAGGACUGUCAGUCUGCUGUUGCAUAUCAAUGGAACGUAUAGAGCUCAUUGGGCUGAUCGGCUAGGAUUCUGCAAGGGUGUUGGUCCUCCUUUGGCUUUUAGAUGCAUAAAAAAUAAUGGUGGUCCCAUCCCUCGGACUUUGGUUGGAGUCACGCGAAUAUACCCUAUUCUAUAUAAGGAGAAGUUAAGAGAUGGAGGAUCUAUUGUGAGAUCAGAGAGGAUGGAGGCUAGAACAAUGCAAUUGUACAACCAGAGACAUUCUGCAGUUGUGGAAGGCAUUGUUUCCGAGUACCAAAGAAAAGGGUCCCAUAUUUAUAAUGACAGUGAUAGUGAAGAAGGAGCUAAAAUCUUGAAGAUACUUGAGACAGCGGCAGAACCAGAAGUUAUAAUGGCAGAGAUGAGUCCAGAGCAGCUAAAUUCAUUUGCUUCUUACCAAGCAAAACUAGAGGCAACUAAGCAAUUGGACAUGGAUAAAGCAAUUAAGAAGGCUUUACAAGAUGCUGGCAUACAGGAGAGAGAAGUAACCCCCUUCUUGAGGGUUAGAGUGGUUGGUUUAACUAGUUAUCAUGGUAAAGCUGUUGCAAAAGAAGGCUUAAUAACAAUUUGGAGCCCGACAGAGAAACAGCGAAAUGAGCUGGUUGAGGGACAGGCCUAUGCAAUAGCAGGAUUGUUACCAGUGAACGCUGACUCGAAUACACUUUACCUGCAAGCAAGAGGAUCUACGACCAAAUGGGAACCCUUGUCUCCCCUAGCAAUCAAAAACUUCCAGCCUUUUUUCAAUCCUCGAGUAUCAGUAUUAAUGUCAAAUUUGGGUGAAGUUCCUCUUUCCAGUGAAUUUGAUAUUGCUGCAUAUGUUGUGUAUGUGGGAGAGGUUUAUACAACUGCUCAGUGGAAGAAACAGUGGGUUUUUGUUACUGAUUGCUCCAUUUCUGCCUUAUGGUCUGAAGAAUUAUCAAAUUCUUUACUUGCCAUCAGCUUCUGCUCACCUUAUAUAGAUGAUGAUUCAUUCACCCCAAUCAACUAUAAUCUUGAAGGAUCUGCUGUUGGCUUCUUUAAUCUCAUCAAGAAAGCAAAGGACCAAAUAAAUCAUCUCUGGAUAGCAGAAGCAACAGAAAAUUCGACUUAUUCUUUCAGUUUUGAUUCCCCAAUUUGUUCUCACCUUAAAAUUGCUGCUGCUUCUGCUCAAAGCUGGGGGAAAACGUCUAGCUUGAUUAUUGACAAACUCAAAGAGAAAGUUCUAUUUAUUGUUGGUGAUCAUAAAGGCUAGAAGCUAAAGGGCACACUGGACUGCCUGACAAUCGAAGAUGUCACCAGCAAUGUACAUGUAUGGAAUUGUCAUUUGAUCAUAGUUAAUUGACAUGGAAAGAAAGAGGGAAUGCGGUGUUGGCAGUAGCAGUUGUGACAAAAACAUCCAUUCAAAUCAAACCAGCUAUUCACAUAUUUAUGGACUUUGGAGAAGCAUGUGUACAAUGCAGUUGGCAUUUGCAAGUUGGUCAUGGAGAUGGAGGCACGUCCACCAAUUUUGUACAAUCCCAGCGCUCAACGGUUUGUAAAUAUUCAAGAUGGGUAAAUGAUCAAGAGCCAAUUUUAUUUUGUAACUAUGGAAUUCAGAAAAAAAUGAAAUUUUUUUCAGGCUAUUUAACAGAACCCCGUUUAGAAAUGCCGUGUUGCAAUUUACAGAAGGAAAAAGUUGCUAAUGGAAGAUUCUAGUGGUGGUUUUUAUUAGGCUGUUCAUGAUUCAAUUUGGUUUGUUUUGUACAUAUCAAAUUUAUAAUGGUGGUUUAUAAAAUUUCAAGCCGAAUCAAAAAAAGGCAUUGAAAUCAACCAAACCUACUAAUGCAGUUUGGUUCAAUCGGUGGUUUGGUUGAUUCGCAUUGUACUGUGGGUAGUUUCAGACAAUUGAUACAUCUGCUCAUGUAUUAUUUCAUUUAUUUUACAUGUUUGUUCGAUCA